GCUUGAUGAAUUCGGAUUUAAUAAUAGAUAAUGAACCAUCAGGAAUAGAACGAAGCGAAGGCACAAUUUUAGCUACUUACGAUAAAUUAAUAUUAUAUAUAAUGACAUAUGAACAGUCAGAUGGAACAUCUAAAUUACUCUUAUCAGAACCAACUUCAUUUGAAUCACCUUCACGUGAACUACCUUUACCUUUGUUCAAGCCACAAAUUAGAUUUCAAGGACAGUAUAAUGGUAAAAAAAAAAUGAUCGCUAAAGAACAACGUGAUACAAGAUCUAAACGUAAUGGGUACCUGUGGUUUGUAAAUGCCACAUGUCCUAAAAUGAGUGGUGAAAUUAAGAUUACCUCUAUUUCUCUAAAACAUGGUGACCAUCCUCUAGACCCUCUUGCCAAUAAAUUUGGCACUAUACAUAGAACAUUGACUGAACCUAUAUUGGCAGACAUAGAGUUCUGA